AUGGAAUCUGGAUGUUCGUUGAAGGCGUACAAUGCGAAGUACUGGAAAACUUACAAUGAGAUCCUCAACUGCCCCACCAAUCUGGCGAUCGCUCAAUACAAACGAGGUCUCCUAGUCGGACAUAGGCUGCGAGAUUCACUCACGAUGUAUCAACCCACAACCAUGGAGUCAUUGAUACAGCAGAUCAAUAAGCACAUUCGCGUGGAGGACGAUGCCGCCUCCGCGACCGAGAAGGCUAAUCCGGUCACGACGGACAGAAGGGUGGCGGGAAAAGUUCACUCAGUUGGGCAGGAGGAUAACAACCCAAACAACCGGUCAAAAGAUCAGCGCCAUGGUUCGAACCGUGAUGAUAGAAACAAGGGCCGCCGAAACGACCGGGCUGACACUCCCCGCGAUGCAGCGGAGGAUGCCAAGAGAAAAUUGAAGCCACGGACUGGAAUCACCACGGUCUUUAAAAUCCCCAUCUACCGCAUUUUGAGCAAGAUUCGAGGUGAACCCUUCGUCCGUUGGCCGACCAAGUUGGGAAGUGCGCAGAGAGGCUUCAAUUCAAAAUAUCGUUGCACCUUCCAUGAAGAACGGGGCCACCGAACGGAGGACUGUUUGCCGCUCAAACAACACUUUGAGGAGUUGGUGGCGGCUGGACAUCUUGUCCAAUACAUAGAUGUGGGAAUGAAGGUCGUACCGUCAGGGCAAGCUGAGCCAAACGGCCUAGCUGCCCUGGAUGUGGCCCCGCAAGGUGUAAUCAACGUUAUCCAUGGCAUCAUUGAACCAGCCAGGGUCUGCGAGCUGAGAGGGAUGAUCAAGAAGGCUGAGCACAUGAGAGAAGUGCUCUCCGUUCAACCCACCGUGAAGAAGGGGAAGACCGAGGAGAAAGACAUCAUUUCCUUCUCGAGCAAGGAUUUAGAAAGGAUCCAGAUGCCCCACAAUGAUGCCUUAGUGGUAACUCUUCGCGUCAAAGGCUUUGACAUCAAAAGAAUUUUGAUCGACCAGGGGAGUUCGGUCGAAAUUAUGUAUUAUGAUGCUUUCAAGCAAAUGAAGCUGGAGGACAAAGACUUAGCCCCCGCGACGUCCCCCCUGGUUGGUUUCAACUCUCAACCAGAGUGGCCGAUCGAAAAGAUCAUUUUGCCAGUCAGAGCGGGUUCUGUAGUAAAGCAGGUGGAAUUCUGGGUGCUGAAAGUUUCAUCCAUAUACAACUUAAUUUUGGGAAGGGGGUGGUUGCACGCCAUACAAGCAGUUGCGUCUACCUUCCAUCAAGUUAUGCGCUUUCCGGCGCCCACUGGGCAAAUCGCAGAGGUUUGGGGAGACCAGGUGAUGGCAAAACAAUGA